CGUUUCCCACCUUCCUUUCCUCUCACCACAAAAGGAGAAAAGAAGGUGGUCGCCGCCUGACUUUGCUAGAAGCAAUGAAGGAAGGAUACGAGAGGCAAAAGAGGCUGAGUGUCACAGAAUGUUGAUGACUUAUAUAGAGCGAGGUCCCACAAACGGACCCGUCGCGAAAGAGAAAUCCCGAUCUUCCUACAACAUUCCAUGUGCCAGUUCUCCUCCAGCCUAAAAGAAAUGCCGUCAACGCUGGCAAUGCAACGUGGGAUUUACAAGGGCAUAAGCAAUGGAGCGCCUGCGCUUCUCCUGGUGGUCUUGAUUAGCAGCAUCCUCGUCUCAGUCGCCGCGGCCGGCGGUGGGAAGAGGCUCGUUCCGCGCAACGGACGUAUCUGGCAGAGAGACGCCGGUUGCAACCACGAAAAGAUCUGUCUCACACCGCAACCCGACUACGAAACUCCCAAUGGCAAUGUCACGCGGGUCGUCCUUGCGCCUUGCAGCGGCAACAAACGAAACCGUUGGGCCUUCAAAGCCAUAAAAGAUGGUGUUUGGCACAUUCGAAACACCCAGUGUCCGCAGGGCAACGAACGUCUUUGUGAAUGCAUUGCCCCGGACCUGAACAACAACAACGGAAGCGCAGUAGGAGCUCCUCUCCUUCAAUAUAACUGCUUAGACGCCGCGGCUUACUUCCCGGACGACAUUGCCUUUCGAUUCAUUCAUGUCGGCCAACAUCACGGAAAGACCAAAGGAUGGAAAAUUCAGCAUAUCAGGUCGGGAUCGUAUGUAUCGCUUUUGGCGGAAGAGGAAGACGAAAGUGAGGGAAAAAAGCAGGAACAGCGGGAUGAGAAAGAGGACAGAGUUUACCCCCUGGUCAACUUGCAAGCGCAACCCCAUGUUUGGAGGAUCGUAAUAAUACAUAACAUGCAGCCCCCCGCUAAAAGCUGGCGCACUGCGACGAAAUCAGUCACCGCAUGUGAAUGUUCAAUAGGCGUACCGGACAACAUGGAGUGAUGAGAUCGGACAGCAUAUGUGUCUGCUGUAUCAAUGGACAAAUGUAGUUAGUGUUGGAAGUUGUGCUGAGAUCCAAGCUUCCCAUUUACAAGUUCCCAUCAUCGGCGACGCCUCAGGCAGAGGUACAAUGAUGUGGAUGGCAGAUAACCACCAUGGAAAAUGGGAUGGGGUGAAAUCUAG